GAGCGUGCGAGGCUGGCUUCGUACGAACUCCAAGUGUGUGAGUUCGUACGAGGGGGCGUUGAGAGGCCGACGCGAGUGCGAAGUGCUGCGUGGUGGUGACGGCGGGGUUGGUGUGUGUGCUAAGUGGUGAUGGGCAAUAGAGAAGAGAGGGGAGGGGGGUAUAAGAUGGAUGGGGGCCGCGGUGAGUGGUGUUUAGCAGCAGCGACAGCAGCAACUCACUGCAAAGCAACAGCACCUCCAACAAACACAGAAACUCACUGUCAAACCAACAUACACACACCCUCCUCACCACCCUCAACCACCACCAACAUGCUCGGCAAAAUCGCCCUCGAAGAAGCCUACGAGCGCGCAGGCAUGGAAGAGAAAUCCGCCCGCGAAGCAGCCCUCUACCUCGAGCCGUCGGACCGCGCGCGGUACAUGCGGCAAAUCAGCGACAUCAACGACGAGCGGGUCAAGCUGUCGGACGCGCACGGCAUCGGGUACACGAUUGUGUCGCUGACCGUGCCCGGGAUCCAAGGGCGGCACGAGCAGGCCGACGCCGAGCGCGCCGCCACAGAGACCAACGACUGGGUCGCGGGGCAGAUCGCGGGCAAGCGCGACCGCCUCGGCGCCUUCGCCGCGCUGAGCAUGCACGAUCCCGUGCAGGCGGGCCAGGAGCUGCGCCGCUGCGUCACCCAGCUGGGCUUCCAUGGCGCGCUGCUCUGCGAUUUCCAGCACGCCGGGCCCGACGGCGAGACGUACCUCUUCUACGACCAGCCGCAGUACGACGCCUUCUGGGAGGUGGUGACGGAGCUGGACGUGCCCGUGUAUAUCCACCCGGCGGCGCCGAGCGGCAUCGUGUACGAGAAGCUGUGGGCGCAGCGCAAGUGGCUGAUCGGGCCGCCGCUGUCGUUUGCCAACGGCGUGAACCUGCACUUGAUGGGGAUGAUAGUGAACGGCGUGUUUGACCGGCACCCCAAACUCAAGAUCAUCGUCGGCCACCUGGGCGAGCACCUGCCCUUCGACUUCUGGCGCAUCAACCACUGGCUCGAGGACGUCAAGAAGCCGAUUGCCAAGGAGCAGGGCCACGAGCGCAUGUGCAAGAAGACCAUCUACGACUACUUCAAGCAGAACAUCUGGCUCACGACCAGCGGGCACUACUCGACGCACACGCUCAAGUACGUUGUCGAGGAGCUUGGCGUUGAUCGCAUCCUCUUCAGCGUCGACUACCCCUACGAGACCAUUGAGAACUGCUGCGCCUGGUGGGACGGCCAGGCAAAGGAGAUCCAGGAUGCCGUCGGCGGCGUCGACAACUACCGCGCCAUCGGGCGCGAGAACGCCAAGAAGCUGCUGAAACUGGGGGCGUACCACGACUGCGACGCGCCGGUCAGCUAGAGAUGGAUCGGGGGGCUUGGGACUAGAUCGAGAUGUCUUGGUGGCGGCGGUGGUGGGCUAGCGCGCCAGCUACAUCUGGAUCGGAGCGUUUGUGUAGAGUAUGAACUCAUAUGAAGUCGAGAGCGAUCGUGGCGAUAGUAAUAAACUUGAUUUUGAGAAAGUAGGCAGUUGAUUAAGGAAUCGAAUGUGACGUCGG